AUGGCCAGUGCCAAUCCUGAAUCUGUUGGUGAAGUGGCAGCCAAGCGUCCUCGUCUGUCUGGGAGUUCGAAAGUUCCCAAAAUAGUCGAGCCUCAGCCGGCCAAGGUCGUGAAUCGGGUGCCAAAAUGCGCCAGGUGUCGCAACCAUGGGAUUAUCUCGGAGCUAAGGGGCCACAAGAAGCUCUGCACCUACAAGAACUGCAAGUGCGCCAAGUGUGUCCUGAUCUUCGAGAGGCAGCGCAUCAUGGCCGCUCAGGUUGCCCUGAAGCGGCAGCAGGCCGUUGAGGAUGCGAUUGCCAUGCGGCUGGUGGCCAACAAGACGGGUCGUUCCAUUGACGCUCUGCCGCCGGGCAAUAUCUUUGGCCUGACCGUGACCCAACCAAGCUCGCCACGUCCGCAAAAGGAGGAGGAGCUGGCGGAGAAGCCUCUUUCUGAGGAGCAGCAGCAGAGACCGCAGGAGGAGGAGGAGUUCAGCGAACCGGCGGCGGUUGCCCAGGAUCUGAGUGCACCCCGACGGGAGAACGUCUCCCAAACGGCCAUUGAUAUGCUGGCCCAACUCUUUCCUCAGCGCAAACGAUCUGUCCUGGAACUAGUCCUUAAGCGUUGCGAUCUGGAUUUGAUUCGAGCCAUUGAAAAUGUCUCGCCACCGGGAAGGGCCACACCGGUGGAUAUUACCACCAAUCCACAGCCGAGUCAGGACAUAAGUCAGCCAAGUUUGCCACUCGCCACACCCUCUAGGAGUAGCGCCUUCAGGCCGGUCAUAGCAGAUCAGUUCCAGAGCAAAUCGAUGGUGGAGUUGAAGCCGCCGGCCUUUGGGAGCAAUCCUUCGGCAGCGGCGGCCGCCAUCUGUGCAUACCCCAAGUGGUUCGUGCCGCUCUCCUUUCCGGUCACCAUGGGGCACCUGUCCAACCUGGCGCCGCGCUGCACCUUGCCCAACUGCGCCUGCCUGGACAGCUACCAGUUUCACUAG